CUUUUGAUUGGCAUUUAAAUCUGCAGUUCUGCCUCUAAUAUUAGUGAUAUUCCCCGUGAAUGACGUUUGAUUGGAAGUUAUCUCACAUUCCAUUGGAUUUCAAGGACAACCACAUCAAAUUCAGAUAGUUCUCAUCGCUUUUAUCUUUUUGUUUACGCGAUAAAAGAACUCAAAAUCCAAUAUUCAAACUGUCCUGCUCGAAUCCCGCCCAGUGUUGAAACUCUCCACAUCGUGCAUUAUCCUUCCGUACGUGUUCGCAUCUCUGCCGGUGGCGUCUAGAGUCUGAAUGUCAAAUAGGCAAGAGAAGUCCUUUGAAGGAAAUUCGGUGUCAAUAGGAUCGGUUCGUGGUGCUUGAUUUGCCUCAUUCAUUGCUUGGUUCGAACAGCAUUUCUACGAUUAUUUACUAGAGCAGUGGUCGUCCUGUUCCCCGAUAUUUUCGAGUGCUCCGGUAGAAGUCGCGCCCAUAAGCCAAUUUUUGUUUAUUUCCACCGCCGCUGAGUUUUCUCUAGUGUCGAGUUACGUUUGUUUAUAGAUUGGUGAUUGAUUAGUGUCCGGUCCAAUAGCGGAUUAUCGAGUGCUGGGCGGACUUCCGGUAGCGUUAAGUGCGAAAAGUGACUAAUCUGCGAAGGGAGUUUGACGUUCUAUUGGAAAAAUGGGGAAUAUCCACACAACUGGACCGAACGAGGCUCUCAUAGUUUCAGGCGGCUGUUGUGGGUCUACGAAAAAACGAACCAUUGUUGGUGGUUGGGCAUGGGCCUGGUGGCUAGUAACAGAUGUACAGCGACUAUCCCUUGAAGUGAUGACUCUGAAUCCCAUGUGCGAAGGAGUCGAAACCGCACAAGGUGUUCCAUUAACUGUAACUGGGGUAGCACAAUGCAAAAUCAUGAAGAUGAUGAACGUGUAUUAUUUUCACCAUCAGGCUGACGAACUUUUGGGUACAGCUAGUGAACAAUUCCUAGGGAAAAGCGUGAAAGAGAUCAAGCAAACUAUCCUGCAAACAUUGGAAGGACACCUCCGAGCGAUCCUCGGCACUCUAACUGUCGAGGAAGUGUACAAAGAUCGAGAUCAAUUCGCAGCGCUUGUGCGAGAAGUAGCUGCUCCUGACGUUGGCCGAAUGGGCAUAGAAAUCCUUUCUUUCACCAUAAAGGACGUUUAUGACGAUGUUCAAUAUUUAGCGUCAUUGGGCAAAGCUCAGACCGCUAGCGUGAAACGGGACGCCGAUGCUGGAGUAGCGGAAGCGAAUAGAGAUGCUGGCAUUCGCGAAGCGGAGUGUGAAAAGAGCGCAAUGGACGUGAAAUACUCAACAGACACGAAAAUUGAAGACAACGCUCGCAUGUACAAAUUGCAAAAGGCUAAUUUCGAUCAGGAGAUCAAUACUGCUAAAGCCGAAUCACAACUUGCUUAUGAACUUCAAGCGGCGAAAAUUAAGCAAAGGAUUAGGAACGAAGAAAUACAAAUCGACGUUGUUGAGAGACGAAAACAAAUCGAAAUUGAAGCACAAGAAAUUCUACGAAAGGAACGUGAGUUAACUGCAACUGUACGUUUACCAGCCGAAUCUGAAAGUUAUAGAGUUCAAACUAUUGCUCAGGGUAAACAAGCGCAAACUAUUGAGGCGGCGCGUGCUGAGUCAGAAAAAAUCAAACAACUUGGUCUAGCGGAGGCUCACGCUAUCAAACUUGUUGGUAAAGCCGAAGCAGAACGCAUGAAGAUGAAAGCCACUGUUUAUAAACAAUACGGUGACGCUGCCAUCAUGAAUAUCGUGCUAGAAUCACUGCCCAAGAUUGCAGCAGAAAUUGCAGCGCCGCUUGCGAAAACGGAGGAAAUUGUCCUGAUCGGGGGCAACGACACUACGACUGCCGAUGUUAAUCGUUUGGUGGGCCAAUUACCGCCCGCUAUCAACGCUCUCACCGGUGUCGAUUUAUCCAAAGUCUUUUCUAAAAUUCCCGGUGCCAAAGCAUAAAUGAUAUUUAAUUGUAUUUAGAUCUAAAAUGGUGUUCAUGUUUAUACUUGAUGAAAUUUUUACUUUUUGCGAUUCUUUCAAUCAUUUUCGUGUAAUGCUAGGAUACAGUGUGAAAGUGAAAUUGUUCUAACGUUCAACUUUCAAUUAGGAUAAGUGGAUAGCCCAAAUGGGAUCCAUGAAAAUUAUUAUUGUUUUGGUAAAAGUAUUUGUUUUUAGGUCUUCACAUAGACUUUGGGAAUAAGUUCGUUCUUGUUUUUUGUUAUAUUAGUUUUUAGCUGCUUCUGUUAUUUACUCAUUAAUUUGUUACAAAGUGGGCCGAAAUCCGGUCUUUUUUCUAAUCCACCCACAGCACCCACCAAAUAUUCAUUAUUUGUUUGAUUUCUGUCGCACAAAACCACCAAUUUCUGCGGUCCUUAUUUGUGAAUGCAAAUAUGCAACAUUCAGUCCAACUAACUCGUUCAUACCAAUUUUGAUUAUUCUUCUUCUAUUGCAUUUAAGGUAUUUUAGUAUUAAAAAAUGAAGGUUCGGUGGCGGUUCUCCCUCGAUAACCAGCGAUGAUUAACGCUCCGUAAAUCCCAAAACCACCCAGACAACUUCCAUAUAAGAGGUGAUAAUUUCAUAGCAAAAAUUGAACUUAAUGACGGUCGACUUAAUCUCGAAUACCAUAAGCAUUCUGUGGAUGCCGACUUUUUGAAUAUAUUGACUCUAUUAUUAGUGUUUUGAUAUUUUCCUCCUAAAGUAAGGUAUCAAUAGUGCGCCCAGCUUCAUUGGUAAACUAAUUCCGCUUGUAUGUCGUCUAGAAUUUUACGGUGUUUUCACUCAUGUGUAAACUAUUUUUGGUAAGAGAAUACCAUGUAAUUAUUGUAUACUUUUGGCGUUUGAAUUAUUCUAGCAAAAUUACGUUGUCGUUUCGCGAAGCAAAAAUGUACUGAAUGUUUCUGUAUUUACUCGAUGCAAAUGAUUUAGAACAAUUCUAGAAAGAAUCCAAGAAUCCCUUCAAAAUGCGCCUUAGAACAGUGAAACAGUGUUUUGUAAAGUUGUUUGUUUGACAUUUCAUAAAAUCCGCACGUGUGCCCAUAUUUUGUACAAUUUACUCGUAUUGAGUCUGCAUUUAAGAAGAAUAAAUAAAUGAUAAUACUUGAAGUAAGACCUCA